GUCAUCUUUUCGGAUACGUGAUGCUCGUGAUUUGAGCUUUCCGACGAAACCAGCCUCAGCCUUGUAGUCGCGUCGCGCUUCACGCUUCACGCUUCACGCGCCGAUCGGUGAUACGUCAUGCACGAUCGCGUCAUUUAGUCGCGGUCCCACGAUCGGGUCGCGAACACGGACGCGACUCGAACACAGGGCUUGCUGAUGCAUCACAUAUCGCCCAGCCUCCAGCCUCCCAAUCCGCUGAUCGAUCCAUCGUGCCCAGUCCUUGACCUCGGCAACAUCAACCCCAGCGCUAGCCGCAUCGGUGCACGAUAUCGACCACACCCCAUCGCAACACCCGUCUAGCCACCAUCCCAUCACCAGCUCUCCUCCCAGAUCCCGAGCUCUCGCAACAAAAACAGAAAGAGCAGGAACAGCAGUCUCCUCGGUUAUGUAAACCCGCCCGCACAGCAUGCAGGAAACCGAUCUUCACUACCCGCCCGAGGCGUGUCCGUUCUGUGGCAUUGCGGCGGCGUAUCCGAUGCGCGACACGGGGCUGUGGCGGAAGGAGGAGGAGGUGGCGGAUGCGGUGCCCGGGGAGGAGGAGUGUGGGGUGGAGAAGACGAGUCCGAGUAGCUUUUUGGUGAUGCGGACGAGGGACGUUGUGGCGUUUUUGGAUAUUCUGCCGAUGACUGGUGGACAUUUGCUGGUCGCAACACGGAAUCACAGGGUCAAAGUCGCAGACAUGGAGGCGCAGGAAAGUCGAGAAAUCGGCUUCUGGCUACCGUUACUCGCGAGGACUGUGGCCAAGGUUACAGGUGUGACUGAUUACAACAUUGUACAGAACAAUGGAGCGCGAGCCGCGCAGGUGGUUCCACAUGUACAUUUCCACAUAAUACCUCGACCAGCGACGAAGCCGGAGAUCAAGAGCAGGAGUUGGACGAUGUUUGGGAGAGGGCAACGCGAUGACCUGGAUGACGAGGAAGGCGCACAGAUGGCGAGCGAGAUGAGGAAGGUGUUGAGGCAGGAGAUUGAGAAGUUGGGUAAGAGCAGUCCAAGAUUGUAAAUGUUUUGCAGCUAUAUCCCUGAGCAAUCUGCUAUAAAUAUGACAAGGCGUGAAGAUGCGGCGCAAGGUAUAACUGUAUGCUUGAAGCAGGCUUCGCGC